UUUUUUUGCUCUGCACGCUAAAAAGGGCGGUUACCGGUUAAGUGAAGGUCGCUUGCAGCGAUAGCACACUCACUCUCGAGCUGGUACAGCGUAGAACCAUUGUCGCCGUCCUGGAGCAACCCUGUGCAUAAAGCCUCUCACACCCCUAGAAUGGCUGAAGGGCCGCCGUGGCCGGUGGUACAAGACAACUCGUGGCAGUGCGCUAAAACGCCCACUCUCCCCUUCCUCGGCUUCCACGAGCACACCGCGCUCCGACCCAUCGGCGAGGUGACCAUAUCGAUGCCGGCGAGCCCCUUCUUUUUGUUGUUUCUCGCCGACGACGUAAAACCAGGAGAGCGCGCUAGGCAUGACGGCGGUCAGUCCGCGGUCGUCUUCGGCAAGUGGAGCAAGCACGGCGCCUGCCGCGAGCGCCGUGUCCAGUACGCCUGCGACGGCGUGGCGAUACGCGAGGCGCAGCGCUGUACGUUCGUGAAGGACGACGGACUCAUCCUUGAGGCGCGGUGCUGGGCCGCGGCGAAUCCGGGCGCGGCGCGUGCCGCUGCGUCUCAAGCGGAGCUCGGCACUGCCACGGGUCCUGAUGACGACGAGUGGAAUCUCUGCGAGCGCUGGGUCGUCGCCGAGACCAAGGGCUAUCUCAGAGCCUCGACGACCGUGACGGCGUGGGCCACCUCCGAGGCGGGCCGGAAACGGUGGCGCGCGUGGGCGAGCGUCCUCGAGCGGCGGACGUACGCGGCGGCGGUCUGGGCCAUGGCGUCGGACUCGCUGUUCCGCUCGUCGACGGCGCCCAUUGGUGCGAGCACCGGGCCCUUGUCUGCGCGCGCCCCGCCGGACCGGGUCCAGCAGGCCGUAUUGGCAGCGCCGCCGGCCGUCGCCGCGCGACGAAAAGCCGAGGCGGAGCGGGCCGCGACGGAAAGCGCCGCGGCGGUGGGUCUUGGGCGCCUCCAGGCCCCGUGGGCCGUCGCCUCACCGACGGCCGAAGCCGCAGCGCCCCGCCGGGUCGUCACGGUGCGCGCGCCCGGCGAAACGUACGACGUCGUCGUCCAGACAAAGGAUAUCGGCCUCCAGUUCUCGUCCGUGACCAACGGCUGCGUCGUCGACGGCGUCGACGGCUACGCGUCGGCGGACCCGCCGCCGUCGCUCGGCUCGCGGCUCGUCGCCGUCGACGGCGUGCGCGUGGGCGGCUUGGCUUUCGCUGGCGCCGCGGCGCUCUUGAACCGCGAGGCGCGGCCACUGCGGCUGGCCUUCUCCAGCCCCGCGCCUGAUACGCUCGCGGACGCCCUCCUGGCGUCCGACGACACUGCUUCGCCGGAGCGCGCCGUCGCCGCGGCGCUCGACAAGGCCAAGGCGCUCCGCAAGCGGCUCGACGGUUUUGGCGAGUCCUUUAGCAAAUCGGAUCUCACGGAAGAUGGGCAGCGGCGGUUCUGGGGCACCUGUCGCGGCGCCGUCCGGUCGCUGCGCGAGGCCAAGCUCCUCAAGCCUCUGCAACGCGACGACGGCGUCCUCAAGAACCUGCGGGAGAAGGAGGAAGAGGACGAGGACGACGAGUUCUGGGAGCGCUGCGAGGCCGCCGUCGAGCGGCGGCUCAUGCCGUCCUGCGUCGACGCCCUGUUAAAUCUGAGCCCCGGGGGCGACGACGAGCUCGCGGUCACGUUAGGGAGGCUUCGCUUCCUGCGACUCGAGCACCUUGGCGUGAGCGCUCCGGGCGAGGCCGACAACGACAUAGGCGGCGAGUGGGCCGUCGCCGUCGAGGAGCUGCGCGCCACCGACAACGCGCAAAGCGUCUCCGAGGUCUUGGAUAGAGUGGCGCAGUGCUGCCGCUUCGCCGCCGCCGCCGCUGAGAAAGUGAGGAAUAAAGGGCGAAGACUGGAGGCCUACGAGAACGUGGGCGCCGACGACGUCGUGCCGUCUUUAACAUAUGUGGCCAUCCGGGCCAACCCGCGCCGCCUGGUCACGACGCUCUGGUUCGUCGAAACGUAUGCGUCAUCAUAUCAGCUCCGGGGCGAGCGGGGCUACGCAGCCGCGUCUUUACGAGUUGCGGUCGACUUUGCUUCGCAACAGCUGCGGAGCGCGGCGCCGCUCGAGGGCUUGAUUUCCGACGAGGCCUUCAAGAGUGGUGUAAGAGCGGCGGCCCUCGUGGACGAGGCCUGCGCAGCGGCAGGAAGGGGCGACGCCAAGGCCUUCCGGCUCUUGCUGGCCGCCGGCGUCGACGUCUCGGCGCCGGACGCGCGAUGCGUGGUUUCUCCCCUCAUCGCCGCGAUCGAGGGCCAGGUAUGCGUCGACGAAGCUCUUGCGAAAGUCUCGGACGUUAACGCCACGCUACGGGACGGGCGAACGGCGCUGAUGGCUUCAGCCGCCGUCGGCGCGGCGAGCGUCUGCGCCGCAUUGCUGAGAAAGGGCGCCGACGCGUCAAAGCGCGACGUGAAAGGUCGGACAGCUUUCAUGGUCGCGCGGCACCGCGCGACGCGCGUGUUAUUGAGCUGCGGUCCGCCGACGGACGAGGCCGUCGUGGCCGCGGCAUCGAAGGCGGACGUCGACGUGCUGCGCGCCCUGCUGGCCAAGGGGGGAAACGCCGACGCGGCCGACGCCAAAGGCUGUCCCGCUCUCGUCGCCGCGUGCGCCGCGACGGCGCCGGCCUGCGUCGCCGCGUUGCUCGACAGUGACGCGGACCCGAACGCGACCCACGAGGGCGCCACGGCGCUGAUGUGGUGUGUUGGGCUGCGGGGCCGGGCAACAGCGUUGAAUCAGGCCGCUUGCGCCGCAUUACUCCUGAACCGCGGCGCGGACCGCCGUGAUGCGCUGGCCUGGUGUGGUGAUUGCGGUUCCUCCCAACUCCGAGCGGCGCUCGAGACCCCGGAGACUGCAUCGAGAGACGGCGCCGUCGUCCUGGCGGCAGUCGAUAGCAACGACGGCGACCGGAUCGCCGCCUUACUCGCGCAGAACUGGCCCGCCGACGCAUCUACAAAGGAGGGCGACCUGGCUUUACAUGUAGCAGCCGACUGUGGCCACGUCGCCGCGGCGCGGGCGUUGCUGGACGGGGGCGCCGCCGUCGACGCGCCGGGUGGCGAUGGGGCGACGGCUCUCAUGCGAGCCACGGCCGCCGCGCAGCCCGACGUCGUCGCGUUGCUGUUAAAUAGAGGCGCCAAGACGUCAGUAAGGGACGCGGCCGGCCGGCGCGCGUCGGAGGUCGUUCUCUCGACGGACAGGAAGCGGCUGCUGGCGCUCCUCGCAUCGGAUCCUGUGAAGCGCCCCCUCGUUCUACUAGCGGCACGGGACGACGCCGACGGCGUCCGGGCCCUGCUCACGCGCGGCGCGGACGUCAACGAAAGGAGCCGGUGCCAGACGCGCGAGGCCUACCACCCCGAGCUCUGGACGCCGCUCAUCGCGGCCUGUGCGUACGACGCGAAGGAUGCGGCGAAGCUGCUGCUCGCUGUACCUGGUAUCGAACUCGACGCGUCCAACCCCUACGGCCUGACGGCUUUGCAUUAUGCGGCGAUCCGCGGUUCCGCAUCCAUGCUUCUGGCGUUAUUGGCCGCGGGCGCCGAAAGACACGCGAGGGACCGGGCGUUCCGGACGCCGCUGGAUUGGGCGCGGCGGCGCCUCGCGCUCGACGCGGACGUCGUUCCGGGCAACUGGGCGGCCGACCUGGCGGACGGCCUCGCGGCGCCCGUGUUGCAGUUCGACCCGGCUGUGGAUGACGCGCGGCAGUUGGCAUCGAUUGGAGACGAGAAGGGCGUCGUCGCGCUCCUUUUACAAGGUGUAGAGCUCAACGGCGUCGACAACGGUUCCACGCACGGCGCCACGAUCCUACUUGCGGCCUGCGCCGCAGGAAAAUUAUCUGUCGUCAGGCGGCUGCUGGCCCAUCCCGAUGUCGACGUCAACUUGGGUGACCGCCGCGGCGUCUCACCGUUGAUGCAGAGCGCCGCUUCGGGUUUUGAUGAUGGCGUCCUGGCUUUGUUAGCUGCGGGCGCCCUGCGCGACGCCAUGUGCCACAAGGGCCGCGCGGCGAAGGACUACGCCGCGGCGCGCGGCCACGUCGCCCUCGGGGCAUUGUUACAAGCGGACCCCGACGCGGUCAGUAUUUUUGACGUGGCGAGUCGUGGCCACGUCUUGGCGCUGGACGGUUUAUUAAGGCAGCGACCGAAGCUCCUGCACGCGCGGCGGGCGCGAGACCGCGCCACUCCUCUCCACGUCGCGGCGGCCGCGGGAAACCUCGAGGCGGUCAAGGCGUUGUUAAAACGCAAGUGCCGCGUCGACGUCGUCGAUUCAAAUGGUGCCACGCCUCUGAUGCACGCCGCGGCAGCGGGCGCGAUCGACGUCUGUACGCGCCUUGUGAAGAGCGGCGCCGACGCGUCGAAGCGCGACGCGGCCGGACGCACGGCCUCGUCCUGGGCUUCGAAGAAGUCGUACGGGACCAUGAUGCGGUUUCUGGCGGCGAUGGCUGUGAGUUGAGUAGUUGUGUGUAAGCUUUGUUUAUGGUA